AUGCAGGACGAGAGAUUCAACGAUGAGUUGGCGAAGAUGGCAAUCAAGUGGCAGUUCAACUUAAGUCGAGCACCUUGGUGGGGUGGGCAGUAUGAAAGAUUGAUAGGUCUUAUCAAACAAGCGCUGUACAAAUCUAUCGGUAACGGUCAUCUCACUUGUACAGAGUUGGAAGAAGUGAUCUUGGACAUUGAGGUGGCUCUGAACAACCGUCCCCUCAGUUAUGUUGAAGAUGAUGCACAACUACCACUGCUGACACCUAACAUCUUACAGUUUGGACGCCCGAACAUCCUUCCAGAGCAAAGGAAUCAACACAUCGAGGAUGACGAUCUGCGGAAACGAGCAAGGUACAUCAAACGGUGCAAAGACGUGCUGUGGAAGAGAUGGUCGUCCGAGUACCUCAAAAGUCUCCGAGAAAGACACAACAUGAAAAACGGCGAGAAGGUGAUACGGUUGAACAUAGGAGAUGUCGUCAUUGUGAAAAGCGAAGAGAAAAAUAGAGGGAAAUGGAGAUUGGGUAUCGUGCAAAGCCUCAUCACGGGUAAGGAUGGAAUCGUGCGAGGAGCGAGACUGCGAGUGGGACAAAGCAACAUCGAACGAGCAGUUCAACACUUGUACCCGAUGGAGCUUUCGUGUGACGCAGAGCUAAAACCGGCAACUUCAAAACUUAGAGCUGAUGUUCCAGAGUUCCGACCAAAACGAAACGCUGCAGCGAUAGCAGAGUGUCGCAUCAAAGACAUUGGUGAAAACGAAGAUGAUUAG